AUGACCAGGACCGCGGAGCUAGGUGUGAUCGCCUGGACCACCUAUCUCGUAAGCCUAUAUGGGAAUGAGCUCGCCCAUCUACUGUUCAUGGUCCUGAUGAAGCUUUCAGCCGCCAUCGAUAUAUUAUAUUCAGGUUUGCGCAUGAUGCACGCAGUCCAAUAUGAUACUGAUUCUGCUAUUCUCUCCUCCCACUUGCCACGUAUCUACCACACUAUGACAAAUCGACAUCAACCCCAACCCAACGACCCAUCCCCACGACCCUCCUUCAGUCGGACAUUCCCUUCCGAUAUUGCGUCAUCCCCUACCACUCAACGACGUCUACCUGUUCCCGCUGCGCUGGUCUUUCAAUGGCUAGUAACGUGUCCGAGUUUUGGCUGGAGACAAUGGAUCGUCUUCCGGCAAGCAAGACGUCUGCGCCUAGACGAUGUAUUCAAAACCGGUGAACACACCCACGGCGAAACUUCGCAUAGGGUAGGGACGGCAGGUAGUCUUAGGAGGGACUGGUUUUACCUCGACGCCAUGUAUCGACGUCCGGCAAGCGAGAGCAUGGCGUCGGGGUAUUGUUGGGGAUACAAGGAGUAUAGGGCUAGGGUAAACUGGACAUACCUCUCCCUGGACGACGACUUUUGCGCGGACAUGACGUAUCGACAUCUGGCGAACGAGCGCACGGCGUCGUGA